GCGUUCGCUCACUCCAGCUGCAGCCACUCUCGCCCGUGGCUGCUUCCUCCAUCCUGGUAUUUUUUGGAGCCUCCAUCCUGGUUCUUCCAAAGUGCCCGGACCCAAAACAGGAAUGUUGCAGAACAUGGGGGAGAAACAAUCUGGAUAACAUGAAAGUGAUGCGGCUGGAUAAGGGAAGGCAACUUGAUUCUGUGGGAAGGGCUAUAGCUGAUCCAACCGUUGUUUAGAUUUGAGUAUGAGCACAGUUGAAGAGGAUUCUGACACAGUAACAGUAGAAACUGUGAACUCUGUGACAUUGACUCAGGACACAGAAGGGAACCUCAUUCUUCAUUGCCCUCAGAAUGAAGCUGAUGAAAUAGACUCAGAAGAUAGUACUGAACCUCCACAUAAGAGACUUUGUUUGUCCUCUGAGGAUGAUCAGAGUAUUGAUGAUUCUACUCCUUGCAUAUCAGUUGUUGCGCUCCCACUUUCAGAAAAUGAUCAGAGCUUUGAGGUGACUAUGACCGCAACCACAGAGGUGGCAGAUGAUGAGAUUACUGAGGGAACGGUAACACAGAUCCAGAUUUUACAGAAUGAACAACUAGAUGAAAUAUCUCCUUUGGGUAAUGAGGAAGUUUCAGCAGUUAGCCAGGCUUGGUUUACAACUAAAGAAGAUAAGGAUUCUCUAACUAACAAAGGACAUAAAUGGAAGCAGGGGAUGUGGUCAAAGGAAGAAAUUGAUAUUUUGAUGAACAAUAUUGAACGCUAUCUGAAGGCACGCGGAAUAAAAGAUGCCACAGAAAUCAUCUUUGAGAUGUCAAAAGACGAAAGAAAAGAUUUCUACAGGACUAUAGCAUGGGGUCUGAACCGGCCUUUGUUUGCAGUUUAUAGAAGAGUGCUUCGCAUGUAUGAUGACAGAAACCAUGUGGGAAAAUAUACACCUGAAGAAAUUGAGAAACUCAAGGAGCUCCGGAUAAAGCAUGGCAAUGACUGGGCAACAAUAGGGGCGGCCCUAGGAAGAAGUGCAUCUUCCGUCAAAGAUCGGUGCCGACUGAUGAAGGAUACUUGCAACACAGGGAAAUGGACAGAAGAAGAAGAAAAGAGACUUGCAGAGGUGGUUCAUGAGUUGACGAGCACUGAGCCAGGUGACAUAGUCACACAGGGUGUGUCUUGGGCAGCUGUGGCUGAACGUGUGGGUACCCGCUCAGAAAAGCAGUGUCGUUCUAAGUGGCUCAACUACUUGAACUGGAAACAGAGUGGGGGUACUGAGUGGACCAAGGAAGAUGAAAUCAAUCUCAUCCUCAGGAUAGCAGAGCUUGAUGUAGCUGAUGAAAAUGACAUAAACUGGGAUCUGUUAGCUGAGGGAUGGAGCAGUGUCCGUUCGCCACAGUGGCUUCGAAGUAAAUGGUGGACCAUCAAAAGGCAAAUUGCAAAUCAUAAGGAUGUUUCAUUCCCUGUCUUAAUAAAAGGUCUUAAACAGUUACAUGAGAACCAAAAAAACAACCCAACACUUUUGGAGAAUAAAUCAGGAUCUGGAGUUCCAAACAGUAAUUCCAAUUCCAGUGUACAGCAUGUUCAGAUAAGAGUUGCCCGGUUGGAAGAUAAUACAGCCAUCUCUCCAAGUCCUAUGACAGCGUUGCAGAUUCCAGUUCAGAUCACCCAUGUCUCUUCAACAGACUCCCCUGCUGCUACUGUUGACUCAGAAACAAUAACACUAAACAGUGGAACACUACAGACAUUUGAGAUCCUUCCAUCUUUCCAUUUACAGCCCACUGGCACUCCAGGCACCUACCUACUUCAGACAAGUUCAAGUCAAGGCCUUCCCCUAACUCUGACUGCUAGUCCCACUGUAACCCUGACAGCUGCUGCUCCUGCUUCUCCAGAACAGAUCAUUGUUCAUGCUUUAUCCCCAGAACAUCUGUUGAACACAAGUGACAGUGUCACAGUGCAAUGUCACACACCAAGAGUCAUCAUUCAGACUGUUGCUACAGAGGAUAUCACUUCUUCCAUAUCCCAAGCGGAACUGACAGUAGAUAGUGAUAUUCAGUCAUCUGAUUUCCCUGAGCCUCCAGAUGCACUAGAAGCAGACACUUUCCCAGAUGAAAUUCAUCAGCCUAAGAUGACUAUAGAGCCAUCAUUUAAUGAUGCUCAUGUAUCCAAAUUCAGUGACCAAAAUAGCACAGAACUGAUGAACAGUGUUAUGGUCAGAACAGAAGAAGAAAUCUCUGACACCGACCUUAAACAAGAAGAAUCCCCCUCUGAUUUAGCCAGUGCUUAUGUUACUGAGGACUUAGAGUCACCCACCAUCGUAGAACAAGUUGAUCAAACAACUAUUGAUGACGAAACAAUACUUAUCGUUCCUUCACCACACAGCUUUAUCCAGGCAUCUGAUGUUAUUGAUACUGAAUCUGUCUUGCCUUUGACAACACUAACAGAUCCCAUACUCCAACAUCAUCAGGAAGAAUCAAACAUCAUUGGAUCAUCUUUGGGCAGUCCUGUUUCUGAAGAUUCAAAGGAUGUUGAGGAUUUGGUAAAUUGUCAUUAGUUCAUUCUUAGAAACAGGUAGUUAAAGCAAARAAGCCACACUGUUAAUUACAAUAUCUCCAAAGAAAUAGGAGCAACCUCCCUUUUACCAUUCCUCUGGCUUUUAAAUAGCUACAAUGCUUAAGCCAUGCACAUUGUUGCUGCUAUGAUUUUUUACCUCCUUUUAAGUAUAUCUGAGGUCCAGUUUAAUGACAGUGUGUAGGUGAGUAGAAUCUGGAAGAUUUAACUGCACAGAUCCUUGUGUUUACUGUUAAUUGUCAGGACAGAAUUUCAUUUACUCAGCUACUGAGAAGUUUUUUUAAAUCACCAAAGCAGUAAUAUUCAUCUCUGCAGAUAAACAAUGGCACUCUUAAUUAACAUUCUCAAGUAGGCCUGGUUGUAUUUCAGAGAAGUCAUAUCAACAUGGUCUAGAGCUAUCAGUGACCUUCUUCAAAAAGAUUAAAUAGUAUUGAGCCUUGACCAGCAUAAAAUACAGAGACCUAAUUGUGUUGCAGUUACUUUUGGUUAACCCAUUGCUGGCAGUGGGAGCUGGUUCAGGCAGGGUAAAGAGGACAGCAUUAGAGUCAAGAAAAUUCACUACAGGUUUUUUAUUACUUUUAAAGGGAAUAUGGGUAAGAGUAGUAAACAACCCACUGGUAACUAAGCAGUUUCACCCCCUCAUCAGAAACCACUGUUAUUAGUUUACAGAGUUAGCACUUUGAAGUAAAAUUAAACCAAAUAUGGAAAGAGAUAAUAUUCCCCAAUACCAUGACUGUUUAUUACAUGUUUUAUGACAUAGACUAUCCAGAAAAUAUUUGAGGGGGUAUCAGAGUUUGCCAUUCACUUAGUGCACUAGCUGGUGGAGGUACAAUAUAACUGCUCCCUCUCCAGCAAUUUUUAAAAACAAAAUAAAAUUUGCUUCUGUAACAAAAGGAAAUAAA